GGAAGGAUAAUCGGACGAGCCGUUGUUUGUUCUGCUCCGCUGAUUUUUUUCCUUUUUUUGAAGCGCCGCUCGACGCAACGUUUGGGGAAGCGGCUGUAUUGUCACACACAAACACAAAAUCACAUGACAUAGGACAAACCUACCCAUUCGCAAAAACAUAGGAAAGAUGGGCGAUUAUUCGUCUUGCACUAGUGCUGAUCUGCACGAAGCUACACCUACCAUGAGAAAAAGCCUUUUUUAUCUUUACGACGAUGGGAGUUUUUGCCCAUACACCGUCGAGCGCGUUUUAUCCCCACUGCCCUACAGGGAGACCGCAGGAAUGGCAUUUAGUUCGCACACCAAUGCGCGCACUUAUCACGAUAAUCUUCCGGAGCAAGUGCGGACCCUCAUCCGCCAGGCCGCAAAACACCAAGAUACCACUCACUUCGCAGGCGGCUUGCUGCUUUGCCACAUCGUACUCCGGAUACUCGAAUACGCGAAGACUGGUAAGGUUGGUACCAGUGUGAUGUUCAAAAGAACAAGAGCUACUGACGAAAACCGUUCUCCUGGUGGACAAAAUCAUUGCUCGUCGACUCUGCGACUCCGGGCGGAAACCGAAGAAGAACAUUUAGGCGUUCUGCCGCAUGACAGACCGGCGAAUAAUUGGACCGCGGUUGCGCUUCUCUCGGAGGCUUGUGAGAAGAUUUCACAGGCUUUUUCAUCAAGAAAAUCUUCGUCACUGCCGGCUUUGCUCGAAAAUAAACCCCCUCGUGCUCCUCAUUGGAGUAGUUCCACUAGACAGCGGCCACUUUUCGAGGUCGCCACAUCCGACAUUUCUGCAGAGACUGACUUCGCAGAAUUGAGGAAGAUGGUGCUGGAAGAGCUGCAACGGGCUGAGAUGGACGUGAUUUUUUCACCUGUGUUACUUGAAGGAGGUUCGGGCAGUACGACACUGCACAGGAGAUCAGUAGACCACACCUGUAGCUCGCAGCAAUACGUCGAACACGACCCGCUCGAAACUAUCGCGGAUGCUGCAGUGGAAGUUUGGAAAAUGAUGAUUGACGAGUGCGAGGACGAAGCCCAGAUGGCACUUCUAGUCGACCGGGUCAAGGUGAAAGUGCUGCCGCAGUACAGUCGCUUGACGAGAGUAAUCUUGGAAACGCUGCGGGUUGACGUCGCCGGGGGAGGAACAAGCGCAUCAGACGAAGCCACGGAAGGACGUGAAGUGCCGGAUCCGGUUGGCAGAAGCUCUUGCCCGAAGAGUUCUGCAACAGCUCGCGAAGUUCGUUCGCAAGGGAGGAGCAAUUCUUGCUUUUCCCUAGUCCGCUCGGGUUGGCUGAUUCCCUACUUCCUACAGGACAGCCUCGUGGAGGAUCUGGAGGGGACGCUGGACGACGGCAAUUCCUGUAUUUGCGCCCGGAUGGAAGUAGCGGUUCCCGACCUUGAGAAUUGGAAAAUGCCGAGUAUUAGUCUGUCCGUGCUAGUCCUCGACUCCCUGUUCUACGCCGACGGGCAAUGCGAAAAGUGGAAGCAGAAGUGUGAGAAGUUCCUAGCUGCCAUUGACAAGCUUCUGCCGCCUCGCAGGCUGCAAACUAGUCCUGGAAACGCGCUGCUGCUCUGUUGCCAGAAGACCAUCGAACAAACUCUCCGAACCGCGUUGCGGGAACGGGUGCAAAGGGGAAAAUCGCAGUUCGCUUUUCUGGAUUGUCUUGGUGAGAAGCACACAGAUGCCAUUGCGAGGCUUGCCAGCUGCAGGAAAGAGACUUUUACCGACGAGCUGUGUGCGAGGAUGUGCUUGGAAGCAGAGGACCUUUGUCCUCCUCAACACAUGGGCACCAGAACCAGAAGGUCUUGUGUAAGGAAUGACAGUGUCUUGGGCGCACUCUCCUCGUUUUUCUUUUUUGGAUGCGAAAGCGAGAAUCAGGCGUACUUGUGGCUCGGAGUCCCAGAAGAUGAAACCGUGGAAGUGGGACAGAACGAAGACCAAGGCAAGGAGUUCUACUGGACCAGAACCUGGCUCCUUGCCCCGAGAAGUUUUCUGUCUGACACGCGUCACGUAGAGCAGUGCUGCCUCCGGGUGCUGCGCUUACUCGCCGCGGAAACGAGGCAGGAGCUGAAAAAAGUCUCAAUAAGAGUUUCUAGCUUGUGCAGGGACAACAAACUCGGCACACCGGCCACCAGAGAAACCGGGGAGAAUUUAGCCUCGAGCGACUCGAAAGAUUGUACGCGGAAAAGAAACGACGUUUUUUCUUUGGUAAUAGACUGCCUUUUGCACGAAGCUAAUCGGGGCUUUCACCAGGUGGACAAGGACCGUGCACUACACUGCAGUGAUGGACCUGGAACACCAAAUCAAGCUGGAAAUAACUCGGAAGAAAAACAUGAAAAUGCAAAAAGUGCAAUCCUUUCUAGUUCCUCAGAGACGGCUACAACAAUUUCUCUCUUCGACUCUUCAAUCCGCACGACCAUCUGCAGCGCACUGGAAUUGGCCAGUGACCUGCUCAGAAUUGCCGAUGUCGUUGGAACCACUGGUAGCGGAACAGUUUCAAAGUAUGCGAGUGAAGACUACAACACCAGUAGAGAUCAUCUUUUCCAAACAAAAAAAGUUGUUGAAAGUUACGCCGGAGCAU